GAGAGAGAGAGAAGAGAAAAAGAUUUAUUUGAAAUGGAAUUAAUUAAAUAUAAGCUGAUUUACAUAGUAGCCACCGUAAUGGCUUCUAUGGUGGUUAUUAGUGCUGUAAAUCUACAUGUUGGCAAUAGACAAUAUAAUGACAGUUUAACGUGCUUCGAAAAUAUUCACAUUCCAGCACAAUAUGGAAAAGUCGUAUAUGCAAAAAAGCCGUGCAAUCUUCACAAACGUAACAAAACUAUCACGCAAAUUGUUGCCAUUGAUAAGGGACUGAGAAACAAAGGCGGAUUUGCGAGAAUUAUAGAAGGUGGCUUGUAUCGGAAUAAUGUUACUUUAUAUUUAUGGAGUCAGAAGAGUCAAUCGCUCAACUUUACCAUUUCGAUCUACAGCAAACCCUACAAAUGAUACGAUUUAUCACAUUCGAUAAGAGACUUCUUAAAUGUAUUUUGUCUUAAUUAUUAUAAACAUAAAUGUUAAAUAUUUCAGCAAUUGUAUUUAUCAUAAUUUAUCAAUUAAGUAAAAUUCUCUUACGCUGUUUAUCUUACAACAAGUCGACGGACGUUUCUUCUGUCAUUUACACUUUAUUCAUCAAUUUAUUUUAAUAAGCGAUAUUACGUU